UAGUUACAUUUAGAACAGUCCCAGAAAAACAGAUUCUUUUACUUAACAUGAAGUUCAUUUUUGCUUCUUUGUUUCUUAUCUCUGUGGUCCUCAUUCAGUUGUCUGUAUCAAAACGUAUAUGCGGCCCUUGGGAUGAAAGUAAGUUACAAUUAUUACCAGGUAUGAAACCAUUCCAGAGGGACUGUGUUUUGCCUGGCGAAGCCAAUACUCCUGAAAAACCUGAAUCACUUGAAAAAUCUGGAAAAGCUUGUAAAUCUACACAAACUAGACAACCUAAACAGGAUAAAAAAGCUGAACAUAAAUAUAGUAAAAUUCAUUACGACAUAUAUGAGCACGAUGACGCAGUGAGAGGAUUUUAAUGAGUUUAUUGCAAUCCCUACAGGAAUUACGCAUUUAUGGAACGGCUUCUACCUAGAAAAUAGACUUGAACGAAAAUUAAAAAUUUGUAACUUAUGUAUA